GGAAGAGUUAGCCGGGAGUUCCGGUGCCGGCUGCUGGGGGCGGCCAUGGCUCCGCUUCUGGAAUACGAGAGACAGCUGGUGCUGGAGCUGUUAGAAGCGGAUGGGCUGGUGGUGUGUGCCCGCGGGCUCGGUGCCGACCGGCUCCUCUACCACUUCAUCCGGCUGCACUGCCACCCGGGGUGCCUGGUGCUGGUGCUCAACACCCAGCCGGCCGAGGAGGAGUAUUUUAUCAAUCAACUGAAGUUAGAGGAAGUUGAACACCUUCCUCGACGUGUGACAAAUGAAAUUGCAAGUGGAAGUAGAUAUGAGGUUUAUACCCAAGGUGGUGUCCUAUUUGUAACAAGUCGAAUUCUUGUGGUAGAUUUCUUGACUGACAGAAUUCCUUCAGAUUUGAUUACUGGCAUCUUGGUCUAUAAAGCUCACAGGAUCAUUGACUCUUGUCAGGAAGCCUUUAUUUUGCGUCUCUUUCGUCAAAAAAAUAAACAUGGUUUUAUUAAAGCUUUCUCAGAUAACGCUGUUGCCUUUGAUACUGGCUUUUGUCACGUGGAAAGAGUAAUGAGAAAUCUUUUUGUAAGGAAGUUGUACCUGUGGCCAAGGUUUCAUGUAGCAGUUAACUCGUUUUUAGAACAGCACAAGCCUGAAGUAGUUGAAAUACAUGUUGCCAUGACUCCUGCCAUGCUUGCUAUCCAGACAGCUAUUCUGGACAUUUUGAAUGCAUGUCUGAAGGAAUUAAAGUGCCACAAUCCAUCUCUUGAAGUAGAAGAUCUAUCUUUAGAAAAUGCUAUUGGAAAACCUUUUGACAAGACAAUUCGUCACUAUUUAGAUCCUCUGUGGCAUCAGCUUGGAGCAAAGACUAAAUCUUUGGUACAGGAUUUGAAGAUACUACGGACUUUGCUACAGUAUCUCUCUCAGUAUGACUGUGUCACAUUUCUUAAUCUUCUGGAAUCUUUGAGGGCAACUGAGAAAGCCUUUGGCCAGAAUUCAGGGUGGCUGUUUCUCGACUCUAGUACUUCAAUGUUUGUAAAUGCUCGAGCAAGAGUUUAUCACGUUCCAGAUACCAGAAUGAAUAAAAAGUGCAAAAUGACUGAAAAAAUAGACAUAAAAGAAGGCCAAGAAAUGAAAAAAGAACUGGUUCUAGAAAGCAAUCCUAAAUGGGAAGCCCUAACUGAAGUACUGAAAGAAAUUGAAAUGGAAAAUAACAACAGUGAAGUUCUUGGUGGUCCAGGGCAAGUGCUUAUUUGUGCAAGUGACGAUCGAACAUGUGCACAGCUUAGAGGAUAUCUCACUAUUGGAGCAAAGGCUUUCUUAUUGAAACUAUAUACAAAAACCUUUGGAAAGGAUAACAAAGCUGGAGAAGUAAAGAUGAAAUUCAAAAAAGAAGACAAUUCUAAGGGAAACCUGAAAUCUGGCAAAGAAUCCAAAGUCUCAAAAGCCAAGGUCAGGACUUCCAUGAAACAAAGACCUCCAAAGAAGAAGCAAGAAUUGACUUUAACUCAAAUGGUAACAAAGAUUGAGGAUGAAGCUGAAGAAAUAGAUCAUAAAGAAACAAGCAGCAACCAAGAAAGCUGCCUCAAGGAAACUGAACCUGAAGUGUUUGAUAUUAAUUUAUCAUCUGAUGCUGCAUAUGGCAUCCUGAAAGAACCCCUCACUGUCAUCCAUCCACUUCUGGGUUGUGGUGACCCCUAUGCUCUGACUAGGGUACUACAUGAAGUGGAGCCAAGAUAUGUUGUCUUAUAUGAUGCAGAACUAACAUUUGUUCGUCAACUUGAAAUUUAUAGGGCAAGUAGGCCUGGGAAGCCUAUGAGGGUUUAUUUUCUUAUAUAUGGAGGUUCAACUGAAGAGCAACGUUAUCUUACUGCUUUACGGAAAGAAAAAGAAGCUUUUGAGAAACUCAUUAGAGAAAAGGCAAGCAUGGUUAUCCCUGAAGAAAGAGAAGGCAGAGAUGAAACAAACUUAGACCUGGUAAGGGAAGCUACCUCUGCACAGGCUUCUACUGACACUCGCAAAGCAGGUGGCCAGGAAAAGACUAAUUUGCAACAAAGUGUAAUUGUGGACAUGCGAGAGUUUCGAAGUGAACUUCCAUCUCUGAUUCAUCGUCGAGGCAUUGACAUUGAACCAGUUACUUUAGAAGUUGGAGAUUACAUCCUUACUCCAGAAAUAUGUGUGGAGAGGAAAAGUAUCAGUGAUUUGAUUGGUUCCUUAAAUAAUGGUCGUCUCUAUAGUCAGUGCAUCUCCAUGUCUCGAUAUUAUAGGCGACCAGUACUUCUGAUAGAGUUUGAUCCCAGUAAACCUUUCUCUCUUACUUCUCGAGGCUCUCUACAUCAGGAGAUUUCCAGCAAUGAUAUAAGUUCCAAACUUACUCUUCUUACUCUUCAUUUCCCAAAACUUCGUAUCCUUUGGUGCCCCUCACCACAUGCAACUGCUGAGUUGUUUGAGGAGUUGAAACAGAACAAGCCACAGCCUGAUGCGACAACAGCCAUGGCUAUCACAGCAGAUGCUGAAACCCUUCCUGAUUCAGAAAAAUACAAUCCUGGACCCCAAGACUUCUUAUUAAAAAUGCCAGGUGUCAAUGCCAAAAACUGUUGUUCUUUAAUGAAUCACGUUAAGAGCAUUGCAGAAUUAACAACUUUGUCACAAGAUAACCUCUCAGAUAUUCUCGGAAAUGCUGCAAAUGCUAAGCAGCUUUAUGAUUUCAUUCAUACCUCCUAUGCAGAAGUUACAGCUCAGGAAAAAGUUAAGAAGUAAAAUUUUAGAGGUGGCUUAUUUUGAUCACAUAACCAUAGUCUUUGUUGUCUUUUAUCAUAAUAGCCUUCACACUCUCAUUUCUUUAACUCAACCUUUCAUUGUUUUCCAUUGUAGUCAGUGGAACAGAAAUCUUAGAAUUUCAAAGCUGGAAAUCAUCUAGUCUAAGCCCUUCAAUUUACCUCUAAGGUAAAUGCCCAGAGAGGGAAAGUGAGCUAUCUGGAAUCAAACAGCUAGUUAGUAGCAAGAACUAGAACCAGAGUUCUAAUCUCCUGACUUGAAGGCCAGUGUUCUUUCAAUUAUACCACCUUGAGAUCCUUCUGAUGCAUCAUGGGAGUCUUUUUAAAGCUGCCAACUUUGCUCCCUCUUCCCCCUUUGGGAUAUUAGCACAGUUAAAAAUGAAGUAUAUCAUGGUGUCCAUUUAAAUUUCUUUAACUGUUUGUGGAAGAAGGAAUUUUGUUUUAAUGAAUUGAAAUUUGUGCAUCUAAAAGUUUGAUGAAAUACAUAUAGUCCAGUUUUCUUCUACUGGCUGUACAAAAUAUACCAGUGUGUCAUGAAGAACUCCAGAGGGAAGGGAAUCACCUUUUGCCAUUCCUGUCCAAUUUCCUACCCUCAAUGUAAAAGCAUUGGAAGAUUUACCUCAGCUGAUUGAAGAGUGCAACAGGUAGGAGAAUUAUUAGCCUGAUGAAUUUCUAAUUAGGAGAAUAUAUGUGAUGUUUGGCUAAUAACUUUCUUAUAAUAUAAAGUAAAUUGCCUAUUUGCAGAAUUUAGCAGUGUUGAUGAAGCUUUAGAAUUUUGCUUCUUUGAAGAUCCUUAGUCCCCUGGGCUCCUGGGUUAUCAGAGCCCUAAAUUCUAGUCUUUAAAAGCUUUUUCUUUCUUUUACCCUCCUACAUAUGUUUUAAGAUUACUAUCUAUAUAACACCCCAAAAUACUUUUUGAGCUCAUUUCUGAUCUGUUCACUUCCACAUUUUGUGCAGUUCUGGGAUUACAGUGCUAAGUCUACAUCCUGAUGUGAGGUCUGGAUUACAUGCAAAUGAGUGGCUAACUAAGUUGAUGAGGUUUUAUUUUUUAUAGUUGAGUUUUAUCCAAAAACAUUGCACAAGAAUUAGUAAGUAGGAAAGUAAUCUAGGCUUUACACACUUUUUAAAAUCAUAAACUUUUGUAGAAAAAAGAGUCAGGUUUAUGCCUCUUUUGUGAGUAAUCUGGUUUAUUUAUAUUGAAGACUUAAAUUCCGUUACUUAAAUUGUCUAUAAUAGAAACAAUCUGUAAUAAUCUGGUUGUUGUCAGUGAAUUUUCUGCUCAUAGCUGAAAUGGACUGACUUUGACUUCUACAAAAUUAAAAGGCAGUCCAUGUGGCAAAGUUUACAUUCUUGUCUGUGGGAAUCAGUUUUUUUGUCACACAACCUAGAAUAAGAAAGCAUUGCACACAACUGUAUAAAUUUAUUUGUAAAUGCUAUUUAUAUAUUAUUUCAACAAUACUUUUGAUCUGUUAUUGAAAUUUAAAUGUGCUAUAGUAUAAAGACUAUAAUAGUGUACUUUUUAGUUGAAUUCAGUGAUUAUCAUUAGUUACAUUAGUUGUGAUUACAAAAUUGAGAGGUGAUUUGGAGUGGUAGGACAAGGUAUGUGUAAGAAAAUCAUUUUAAAACACACAAAAUUCUAAGCUUUUUUGCUCGUUUCAAAAAUCUAACUUGCUAUAAAUUUUCUGAAUAAAAAUGUUAACAUGAAGCAUUUUCCUAAGUAAUCAUCUUACAUUCACAUUUAUAUUCACUUUAUUUUUGGAAGAGAGUUCAAAACCAUUGAAUAUUCAUUAAAAUAGAAUAAGUUCUUUUUGAAGAUGCCAAGUUUUAAACUAUCCCUUGUCUAGUAUAUCUCAGAUAGCGUUCUUAGAGUUUAUUAAUAUUCUUUUCUCUUAGCACUCUGACAUUAUUAUUCACUUUUGUACAUGAUAGAUAUUUAAGGGCUAUAAGUCUCUUUCAUGAGUAUUUGAGGUGUAAAAGAUUUAUUAUCAACGAACCUUAAAAUAGCAAUCAUUACUGACACAUCCUUAAUCCUGAAGGUUAGGAGAUAUUUAAAUACAAACUCUGUGUUCUCUACUAGUCCAGGGAAAGGAGAAGAUUAAGUCAUGGUGCAAAAUGGCUUAAUAUCUGAGUAUAGAAUUUAUGAAAGGUCAUAAUCAUAAGAUGAGUGUUCCAGAACAGUUCGGGAAGGCUAUGGAGUAGAGACAAAGGUGUAGGGGAAAUUUGUAAAUUAUUUAAUGUGGUUUUGGUUCAAAAACUUUUUAGAAAAAUUGUUUUAUGUAUGUGUAUUCUUUUUAACAUGAAGAAAAUUCUUUAGAAAUGUGACAUUUUAGAGAGGAAGGAGCCUUUUCACAGAUUUAAAUAUCUUGACUGAAGUUUAUCUGAGUUUUAGUAAUCAAUAUCACAAGAAGUUGAUUUUUUUUUCAUUGUAUUUUAGUUCAUAUUUACUCUCUGAUGCUAAACUUCGGGUACCUGAUGUAUAAUCAUCAUAGUAGGCCAGACAUUAGGAUAGCCUAUGAAGUGCUAUUGUAUUUUCAUUGAAGGCUAUUUAAGCAGAAAUGAGGGGAGGAGUGGCAGAGUAUAAUUGAUUUAUAUCUAUGCUAAGCAGAAGCUAGCAAGAUAUACAGCAGGAUUUUUAAAAAUCUCAAGAUAGAAGCACUUAUGGGGUAUAUAAAUACAUUUUAGACUUUAAUACUCAACAUAUGAAAACCCUAAUCUGGGGGAAAAUAAACUGCAAGACACAAAUGAAUUGUUAAAAAACUAAAAUGUACUUUCUGUUUUUUAAUUGCUAUUUAUUUUUACAGUUUGGUUUAUUUAAUAAAUCACCUUCACU